AUGUUUAGGAAAUUUGGACAUUCAACUGUACGGAAUGGCUCUAGAAUUAGCAGUAAUGGUAUAAGAAGUAGCCAUAAUUUUGGGGGAUCUCGGCGAUCUCAAUCAUCGUUUACUUUUUUGAAUAACCACUCAUUACUACAAAAAGACCAAGUGAAACAGUCCAAGAAGAAGAGCCGCAGGUCAGUUUUCAAAGCAGACGAUGAAGUUGAAAGAUCUCAACAGAAAAAAAUGACUGUAGAAAUAAGUGGACGUGGAAGGAAACAGCAAAGACAUGAUUAUUCGUGGUUGCCCAGAGUGCCAUCUACCGGGAAUCUUAAACCUCGCGAUAUGAGUAUGAAAGUGUUAUAUUCUGGUUACAGACCACUUUUCAUAAAUCCAGACGAGAUAAAAACCAGUUCAGAGGGCUCUGGAACAGGUGGUACACUAUACGAGUUUGCCAUGAAAUUAGAGGAGCUUGGGGAUCAAUCUCCAUGGGUCACAUCUGCGACAGGAUUAGAGUAUUAUAGGGAAUGGGAUAGUAUACCCGGGGAAUUACAGAAAAAGCUGAAACCAUUCACUGCACCAGAGCAGGCCGCUUCAGACAAUGUUAAGAACGCAGAAGCUUUGAAAAAUCUAAAAGAACAAUUGUAUCUAAAUGAGAAGGCUAAGAUAUUGGACAGACGUAAGGGGAGAAAAAAACCAGUGGUAUCUCUGUUACAACUGAGGAAAAAACUCAAACAAGACGAUUAG